AACGAGAACUCAAUGAGGCUUUAUUCUUGGAGAGCGAUAGUGAAUGACAAAGGAGAACUUAACGUGCCUGUGGACGAUGCCAAAAACCCUGGAUUUUGGUCAAGGAUUUGCGUACAAAAUAUGGCAAAGUUAGCUAAGGAGGGUACAACAGUUCGACGUGUUCUAGAGUCCUUGUUCCGCUAUUUUGAUAGUGCCAAUCUGUGGUCUCCAGAACAUGGGCUUGCUCUUUCUGUUCUGCUUAACAUGCAGUCUAUAAUUGAAAAUUCUGGACAGAAUACACAUUUGUUACUGUCCAUUUUAGUCAAGCACCUCGAUCACAAGAAUGUCUUAAAAAAUCCUAAUAUGCAACUUGACAUAGUUGGGGUUAUUACGCAUCUCGCUAAAGAAACAAGGGUUCAACAAUCUGUGGCUAUAAUUGGUGCAUUGAGUGAUAUGAUGAGACACCUGUGAAAGAGCAUACAUUGCUCUCUAGAUGAUUCAAACUUGGGGUCCGAAAUAAUACAAUGGAACCAAAAAUACCGAACCGAAGUAGAUGAAUGCCUUGUACAAUUAACAAUUAAGAUUGCAGAUGCAGGUCCUGUUCUUGAUACCAUGGCCGUGUUGUUGGAAAACAUGUCUAAUAUUACUGUUAUGGCCAGAACCUUGAUUGCUGCAGUCUAUAGAACUGCUCAAAUAGUUGCUUCAAUACCAAAUAUAUCAUAUCAGAAC